UCCAGCCCCCACUCCCCCACCACCUCCCUGGCUGCACGGAGGAGACAGAGCCCGAGGAGCUCCAGCUGGCUGGGACCUGGGGAAGGGGGGCUCCACUGCGGGGCAGGAGGGGAAGGGACAGCUAGGGGGGCAACACCAUGGAGUCCGCUUCUCCCCAGGGUGACGUGAAGAAGAGGCAACAGAAGGAGAAGUCCAAGAAGCCGGUACCACCAAUAGCUCCUCGUCCACCCAGGGCUCUGUUCUGCCUAACCCUGGAAAACCCCCUGCGGAAGGCGUGCAUCAGCAUCGUGGAGUGGAAACCCUUCGAGAUCAUCAUCCUCCUCACCAUCUUUGCCAACUGUGUUGCUCUGGCCAUCUACCUGCCCAUGCCCGAGGAUGACACCAACAUUGCCAACUCCAGCCUGGAGAAGAUUGAAUAUGCCUUCCUCAUCUUCUUUGCCAUCGAGGCCAUGCUGAAGAUAAUUGCCUACGGCUUCCUUUUCCACACGGAUGCCUAUCUCCGAAACGGCUGGAAUGUGCUCGACUUUUCCAUUGUGACUCUAGGGCUCAUCACCAUGACCCUGGAGCAGGUCAAUGUGAAGCAGGCAGGGCCUUCGGGGGGAAAAGGCGGCUUUGACGUGAAGGCGCUGCGAGCGUUCCGCGUGCUGAGACCCCUGCGCCUGGUGUCCGGAGUGCCAAGCCUUCAGGUCGUCCUGAACUCCAUCAUCAAGGCCAUGGUGCCCCUGCUGCACAUCGCCCUGCUGGUCCUCUUCAUGAUCAUCAUCUACGCCAUCGUGGGGCAGGAGCUCUUCAAGGGCAGGAUGCACAAGACCUGCUACUACCUCGGGACAGAUGUGAUUGCCACGGUGGGCUCAGAGAAGCCAGCCCCGUGCACCAGCUCGGGCCACGGGCGGCACUGCAGCAUCAACGGCAGCGAGUGCCGCGGCGGCUGGCCCGGGCCCAACAACGGCAUCACCCACUUCGACAACUUCGGCUUUGCCAUGCUCACCGUCUACCAGUGCAUCACCAUGGAGGGCUGGACUGAGGUCCUCUACUGGGUAAAUGAUGCCAUGGGAAAUGAAUGGCCCUGGAUCUACUUUGUCAGCCUUAUCUUGCUUGGCUCCUUCUUUGUACUCAACCUGGUUCUGGGGGUGCUCAGUGGCGAGUUCACCAAGGAGCGCGAGAAGGCCAAGUCGCGGGGAACGUUCCAGAAGCUGCGGGAGAAGCAGCAGCUGGAGGAGGAUCUGAAGGGCUACAUGGACUGGAUCACCCACGCAGAGGUCAUGGACAGUGAUCGGGCCAGGGGAGAAGGUAUGAUGCCAUCGGAUGAAGGAGGGUCAGAGACAGAGAGCUUGUAUGAAAUUGAGGGCAUGAACAAGUGGAUUCUCUUCUUCCGUCAGUGGAGGCGUUGGAACCGAAUGUUUCGUAGGAAGUGCAGGGAUGUGGUGAAGUCCAAGUUCUUCUACUGGCUUGUCAUCCUGAUGGUGGCACUGAACACCCUCUCCAUCGCCUCCGAGCACCACUUCCAGCCAGAGUGGCUGACACGGGUGCAAGACAAUGCCAACCGGCUGCUGCUCGCCCUCUUUGUGGCCGAGAUGCUGCUGAAGAUGUACGCGCUGGGGCUGCGCCAGUACUUCAUGUCGCUCUUCAACCGCUUCGACUGCUUCGUGGUGUGCUCGGGCAUCCUGGAGACCAUCCUGGUGGAGCUGGGCACCCUGUCCCCCCUGGGCAUCUCCGUGCUGCGCUGCAUCCGCCUCCUGCGCAUCUUCAAGAUCACCAGGUACUGGACAUCUUUGAGCAACCUGGUGGCCUCCCUGCUCAACUCAGUCCGCUCCAUUGCCUCUCUGCUCCUCCUCCUCUUCCUCUUCAUCAUAGUUUUUGCCCUGCUGGGCAUGCAGCUCUUCGGGGGCAAGUUUGAUUUCGAGGACAUGAAAGUGCGGCGCAGCACGUUUGACAACUUUCCUCAGGCCCUCAUCAGUGUCUUCCAGAUCCUGACCGGAGAGGACUGGAAUUCAAUCAUGUACGACGGGAUCAUGGCCUUCGGGGGCCCGUCCUUUCCUGGCAUGCUGGUCUGCAUCUACUUCAUCAUCCUCUUUGUCUGUGGGAACUAUAUCCUCCUCAAUGUGUUCCUGGCCAUCGCAGUCGACAACCUGGCCGAGGCUGAGAGCCUGACCUUAGCCCAGAAGGCCAAAGCAGAGGAGCGCAAACGGCGGAAGAUGUCCAGAGGUUACCCAGAGAAGUCUGAAGAGGAGAAGCAGAUGCUGGCAAAGAAACUGGAGCAGAAAGUGAAGGGAGAAGGGAUUCCCACAACAGCCAAGUUGAAAGUGGAUGAAUUUGAAUCCAAUGUCAAUGAGAUCAAAGACCCCUACCCUUCUGCAGACUUCCCAGGUGAUGAUGAGGAAGAUGAGCCUGAAAUCCCCUUGAGUCCUCGGCCACGUCCCCUUGCAGAGCUACAGCUGAAGGAGAAGGCCGUGCCCAUGCCUGAGGCCAGCUCAUUCUUCAUCUUCAGCCCAACCAACAAGUUUCGGGUCCUGUGCCACAGAACUGUUAAUGCCACCUGGUUCACCAACUUCAUCCUGCUCUUCAUCCUGCUCAGCAGCAUUUCCCUGGCAGCUGAGGAUCCCAUCCGGGCCGAGUCCUUCCGCAACCAGAUUCUUGGAUACUUUGACAUUGGUUUCACCUCUGUCUUCACAGUUGAAAUCGUCUUGAAGAUGACAACCUACGGUGCUUUCCUGCACAAAGGCUCCUUCUGCAGGAACUCCUUCAAUAUCCUUGACUUACUGGUGGUCGCCGUCUCCCUCAUCUCCAUGGGAUUUGAGUCCAGCACGAUCUCUGUGGUGAAGAUCCUGCGGGUGCUGAGGGUGCUGAGGCCUCUGCGAGCCAUUAACAGGGCAAAGGGGCUGAAGCACGUGGUCCAGUGCGUGUUCGUGGCCAUCAAGACCAUUGGUAACAUCGUGGUUGUCACGACAUUGCUGCAGUUCAUGUUUGCCUGCAUCGGCGUUCAGCUCUUCAAGGGCAAGUUCUACAGGUGCACAGACCCAUCCAAGCUGACGGAGAAGGAGUGCAGGGGUCAGUUCAUCAACUACGUGGACGCAGACCCCACGCAGAUUGAGGUCCAGGACCGAGUCUGGCUGCACAGCGACUUCCACUUCAACAACGUCUUCUCAGCCAUGAUGUCGCUUUUCACCGUCUCCACCUUCGAGGGCUGGCCAGAGCUGCUGUACAUGGCCAUUGACACCAAUGCUGAGGAUGCAGGCCCUAUCUACAACUACCGGGUGGAGAUUGCAAUGUUCUUCAUCAUCUACAUCAUCCUCAUUGCCUUCUUCAUGAUGAACAUCUUUGUGGGCUUUGUCAUCGUCACCUUCCAGGAGCAAGGAGAGAAUGAGUACAAGAACUGUGAGCUGGACAAGAAUCAGGGAUGGUGACUCCACCACCUCCCCAUUUCAGAACUUUAUCACUCCAUCCCCAAGAACCCCUACCAGUACCAGAUCUGGUACGUGGUCACCUCCUCCUACUUCGAGUACCUCAUGUUCUUCCUGAUCCUGCUGAACACCAUCUGCCUGGGCAUGCAGCAUUACAACCAGUCUGCAGAAAUGAACCACAUCUCAGACAUCCUCAACGUGGCCUUCACCAUCCUCUUCACCCUGGAGAUGGUCCUCAAGCUCAUGGCCUUCAAAGCCAAGGGCUACUUCGGAGACCCCUGGAAUGUCUUUGACUUCCUCAUAGUGAUUGGCAGCAUCAUUGAUGUCAUCCUCAGUGAGAUUGAUACCAUCCUGGCACCCAGUGGUGGAUUGUACUGCCUCGGUGGGGGCUGUGAUGGCACUGACCCUGAUGACAACUCCCGCGUCUCCAUCACUUUUUUCCGGCUAUUCCGAGUGAUGAGGCUGGUGAAGCUGCUGAGCCGGGGGGAAGGUGUCAGGACCCUCCUGUGGACCUUCAUCAAGUCCUUUCAGGCUCUGCCCUAUGUGGCCCUGCUGAUUGUGAUGCUUUUCUUCAUCUAUGCCGUGAUUGGGAUGCAGAUGUUUGGGAAGAUUGCCAUGGUGGAUGGGACCCAGAUCAACCGAAACAACAACUUCCAGACCUUUCCACAGGCUGUGCUGCUGCUCUUCAGGUGUGCCACCGGCGAGGCGUGGCAGGAGAUCCUGCUGGACUGCAGCUACGGCCGGCGCUGCGACCCCGAGUCCGACUACGCCGAGGGAGAGGAGUACACCUGUGGCACUGGCUUUGCCUACUUUUACUUCAUCAGCUUCUACAUGCUUUGUGCCUUCCUGAUCAUUAACCUCUUCGUGGCUGUCAUCAUGGACAACUUUGACUACCUGACACGGGACUGGUCCAUCCUGGGGCCCCAUCACCUGGACGAGUUCAAGCGGAUCUGGGCCGAGUACGACCCUGAGGCCAAGGGGAGAAUCAAACACUUGGAUGUGGUGACUCUGCUGAGGCGUAUCAACCCUCCCCUGGGCUUUGGCAAGUUCUGCCCACACCGUGUAGCUUGUAAGCGCCUGGUGUGCAUGAACAUGCCCCUGAACAGCGACGGCACCGUCACCUUCAACGCCACCCUCUUUGCUCUGGUGAGGACAGCCCUCAAGAUCAAGACAGAAGGAACAGGUGUGGUGCAGUUCCUUCACUUAGAGAAGCCCACUUUCUGUGACUCGAGAACAGGUGGCUUGUUUGGCCAGGUGGACAGCUUCAUGGAGCCCAGCAGCCCGCUGCAGCCCCAGGUGGCCAGCCAGAGGCCCCUGCAGUUCACCGAGGUGGGCAGUGAGGACCUCGACUCUCCUGUGUUCCUUGAUGACUUCCCCCAGGAAGGCAACACCAACAUCAACAACGCCAACAGCAGCAGCUGGCUGGAGGGGGUGCACUAUGAGGAUGAGGUGCUGAGGAAGACAGUGCCAGCAGCACGCAGGCGCCCGGCGUGGGAGUACAACCGCCCCAUACCCAUGGAGAGGCUGAGCAGGAGGCGAGGGGCCACCUCUGGGGGUCUCUCAUCACCAGGGCCACUCCUUCCCCAGCAGCUCUGUGCUACUCUCAUCCAGCUGCCCACAGAGGAUGGCACUGUGACAGGAACUGCAUCCAGCUCCAGGUUCCAGCAGAGGGAAACUGGUGAGCCAGGAACAUCCUCCACCCCAGCCAUCACCUUCCUCAUUCAGGAGGCUCUGAUCUCCGGAGGCCUCGGGGCUCUGGCCCAGGACUCGUCGUUCCUAGCAGUGACCAGGGAUGAGAUGGCAGCCAGCAGCCAGCUGGAGGUGGAUGAAGUGGAGAAAGCAGCUGUGGAGCUGCUAAAGGGAAGAGAAACACUGCAGGGGACAAAAACUGGCUCUGCCCCUCUGGACACCUCAGCUGUGGCACCAGGCAGAUCCCCAGGGCUCGGUGCAGCUCCCUCCCAAAAGACCAUGACUGCCACUCGCCCCUGAGCUGCCCACUGCAGUGCCCAGGGUUCUGUCUCAGGGAUGCAGGAGCAGAGCCACGCUGUUCCUGCUUCUGCCUGGGGUCCUGAGCUACUCUGGCCAGCUCUGGUAUUACUUUUGGGACAGGUCUCUGGGAUGCUGGUGCAGAACAGGACAAUGCUGUUCCAGCGGGGUCUGCAAGAGCUGGACAGGUCAUUAAAGUGUUCCUGCUGUGUGA